UAAUAUGGCUUUGUUACAUAAGGUGACUGCUCCUCCACCAGUUCCAAACAAACGGGAAUACACUGUUGUUGGAAAUAUGAAACAUGGUUUCCCACAGAGAAGAAAAAUGAAAGAAAGUUUUUCUGAUGGGCAUGGCAUUUUGUAUAAAGGUGAGGUUGUAAAUGUUCAGGGACCAUCAUCAGCCAUUCCAGGUGCUCUACUUGUGUCGUCUGGCAAGAGGACAACGCAGGUGCCAUAUCAUUACACAGAGUUCUCUGCGAGUUAUCUGGAUGCGUCUGGUACAUUUGCUGGUCAAGAUGAAGGAGUUUGCAUUUAGGACAGAAACAUAUGAUCAACACAAGCAAAAGGAAAUCCUGCAUGAUGUGAAACAAACAAGGGCUUCAAGAGAUUUUUAGAUUGAAAAACAUGACAAGGAGACAAACAUAAAGGUGUCAAUGAUAGACCAAAGACAAGUUUUCACAGACUUACUCGUUCCACCCAAGUUAGGUCAAGGAAGUGAGAAACAUCUCUGUUAAGACUUUUGGGAAGGAGCUUACAUGCACAUUAUUUAAGUAGAAUGCCAAGUGUCCCCAUGAUGGCAAAACAUCAAAAAUGGUCAUAUCCUUAAUUUACUAGAAAUGGUUUCAAACCACCAGCACUGAGCAAGUUUUGAAGUAAGGCUUAUGCUGCUUAAUGAAGAGUAAAAUCUCCACUGUGGAGUGAUUUGCAAAAUAGCUCUCUAUCAUAAUUCAGUUACGUUAAAACAAAAAAAAAGUAUUCAGAUAAGAUAAGCAUAUGGAAUAUUGUUAUGUUUACUUAC